UGGUGGCAAGAGAUUCUCGCCGCUACUUUGCUGUGCGCCUCGGUUGUCGCAUCUUAUGCUACGCUGGCGCCGUACGCGGGUAAAUCGCUCCCCGAGUGGCCACGGUACAUCACCAUCAGUGCAAUUCUAUCCAUAUACUCUGUUGUACUGAGGCUAGCUGCUACCUUCUUGCUGGCCGAGGGCCUCGCACAGUUGAAAUGGCGGUGGUUCAAAAAGAGCGGCGGUGUCCCUUUACACGACCUGGUACUGCACGACAGUGCCACGCGUGGCCCGGUCGGGUCUCUCCAGCUCCUGUUCAGG